CUAACGCCAUAUCAUUGUGUUGCUUUACUGUAUAUGGUUACCUUGUUAGCAUUAUAAUGUUGCUUUAGCAUUAGCGCUACAGCUAACAGCCAAGUUAUUGUCGCUAAUGUUAAGGUAGAUAGCAUCAGUUAUGUGUGUAAAUACCAUGGACCUAUUAAAGAAAGGACUGUGGACUAAUACAUGGCCGCCCAUUCAUUCCUAUAAAUACACGCACUGUAAGUCGAGCGUGCAUCUCAGCAAGCAUGGGGCAUCACACGAGAAUGGGCACAAUUCAACAAAGGGGCUACAGGCAAUGAUCUCUACUGCUUGGAUACCAAGGGAAUGCAAUGUCUGCUCACCAUACAACAAACGAAUACAACUGUAUUUUACCGGCCACUGGACCGCAGUAGUUCUAGCGUUUUACUGAUGAGGAGAUUGACCUGUUAAACUCAUCCUAAAUGCAUAUGGUGCGUUCGGGGCAACCCUUGUUCUCGCCCCCUUCUACCCUCUUGUACUCCCAGUUAUAACUGGUUGUUUACGGGCUAAAAGUGUACCUGAAACGCACUAUUAUAGGCAUGGUUUCCCCUUCUUAACACCUGAUUCAAAUCAAAGGGUUAUUAGCAGAUUUCUGAAGAGCUUGAUGUCAUGGUAUUGAGUUGAUGAGAUGAACUAUAAAAUAUGUAAACAAAUCAAGGAUGUAAUAUCAUUUCAUAGAACUAAUUUUAAGUAUUAGGCUAAUGUAAUUCACUAAACAUGUUUAUCUUAUAUCUUUUUGCAUCUUGCACAUGGACUAUAUACAAUGUUACAAAUUGAGUACCUAUUUUACUUUGUUGUCUCUACGCAGCCCAGCUCAUCAAGUGCUUCCAUUCAGCAGCUUCUCUCAAGGGAUGUUGCCUGCCAGACAGAACACCUGGAAACGCAUACUUCAGCAGACCCCCGACACCAUUUCAAUCAAGGUUGAAGAGGAUAUUGGUGGAGGCUUGCCCGCCGUAGAAGACUGUGAUGCCUUCAGAGACCGUAGCACUCAGCGCGGCGCCACCUCAGAGAGUCUGGGUGUGGUCGCCCCUGGCUCCUCCCACAUGUCCAGCCACAGUGAGGAACUGAAGAUUCUGAGCGUCUACGGAAAAGGGGAGGGCCCACUGGCAGAGGACGGCCAUGACACCCUCUUCACCGCGUCAGAAGUGGAGGCCCUGAACUCGCUGUCUGCGGACCACAGCGCGGCCAAGAGCCUGGAGCGCGCCGAGCGGUUGGUCUGCCGUGAGGAGCUGAGUGUGCAGCAGACCCCAGACACCAUUUCAAUCAAGGUUGAAGAGGAUAUUGGUGGAGGCAUGCCCGCCAUAGAAGACAAUGACAUCAGAGACUGCAGCACGCAGCGCGGCGCCACCUCGGAGAGUCUGCGUGUGGACGCCCCUGGCUCCUCCCACAUGUCGGGUCACAGCGGGGAGCUGCGCAUCCUGAGCGUCUACGGACAAGGGGAGGGCCCUCUGGCGGUGGACGGCCAUGACACCCUCUUUGCCGCAUCAGAACUGGAGGCCUUGAGCUCGCUGUCUGCUGACCACAGCGUGGCCAAGAGCCUGAACUGCAGCGUACGGCUCGUCCGCCUUGAGGAGCUGACUGGGCAUCAGGGCGGCCGCAAGGGCCGGCCCGGUGUCUUGUGUGGAAAGGUUGUUCCCAACAAUGCCAAUAUGAUUGUCCACAUGAGGACUCACUCUGGGGAGAAGCCCUACAAGUGUGACCAAUGCACGAAGCGGUUCAGUCUGAAAGGCACCCUGAAUAGACACAUGAUGAAUCACUCUGGAAAAAUCACCAGGAAAUCUGCAGCUGCACAUAGACACUAUCUACUCUGUCCAGUUUGUUUGAGGACCCAAGAGUCUCUAUCCUGUCACCUGCGCAGAGUCUGCAUGAAGGAUAAGACACCACCACAGAUCCUAGAGGUGGUUGAAAAGGCCAAGAAAGAUGUGUGUGACCUCCUGAAGAAUGGACGGGCUUUUAGUUAUGCAGUCCUGAAGCAAAUCGUCUCAUCACCAAAUCCACUCGAAGGAUUGAUUGAGGAGCUGAAAUACCAUCACUUGUUUGUGACAGGAGUCCCUCCUCCUCUGCCCAUUGGUAAUCCAAGGUUGGUCACCGAAACCCUUUCUGAAUGCCCUGGGGAGGCACCCGGAGAAACAGAGCCAUCUGAUGUGGAAUCUUGCGGCAGCAAUGAGCUUUUUCAAUGUAGACAAGAGAAAACGUAUACCAAAGACAAAAUGGUGAAAGCGAAGGAUUUAGGCAUUUUGAAAAAGCAUUCAGCAGAUCAUCCAUUGCUCAAGCGCUUUGCCGACUACCUAAAGAAUGAUUACGAAAAUGCAAAGUACCAACAGGAGGUUGACACUGUUUCCCGGUACCUGUAUUUUGCUGAUCCUACGGAACCAUCUUUGAAGUUUGUCAAUGACAGAGAGAAGCUCAGAGACUUCCUGGGUCAACAGGCUAAGGCAGGGUAUAAGGCACAAACAUCAGGAAAUUACAUCAAGUGCUUGAAAAGGUUCUUGGAGUUCCACUUGACAAGGACCGGCUUGAGACAGGAUGACGGGGAGCUCUACAAGCAGUGCACAUUAUAUUUGAGUUUUCUAACUUCUUCACAGAGUGUCCUCUCUAAGCAAGCGAGCAAAGAAAUUGUGCAAAAGAGUCAUGCCUUGUCGUUUGACAAAAGUCAACCCACACCUCGUGAAUGCUUGGCUGUUCUUGAUAAAGGUGAAGGUGACUUAGUGAAAAUCAUGAAUCAACUUGAUGACAGUUCUUCUUCCUCCCUGAGUAGGACUGAGUGCAUAUUUGUGCUAUACUAUCUUGAGGCAAUUGUCAUACUAAGACACUGCCAACAGCCAUGUGUGGUGCAGAGCAUGAAGGUCAAGGAAUGGCUUGAACGGAAACACACAGAUGAUGAUUCAAUCGUUUUUGUAAAGGACCACAAGACGGCUGCACAUUUUGUGGUCUCAAUUGUCCUGUCCAAGAAGGAGGAGGCGUGGUUUGAGAAAUAUUACACCAAAGUGCGGCCACAGCUCCUUGCUGGCGAAAGGAAACGUAAGCGAGAUGAGCAGGAUGAGAAGGAUGGAGAUGAUUUUUUCUUUGUGUCCUCCCGCGGUAAGCCAAUUUACAAUGCAGCUGGUGAUCUGAUAAAGCUCCAGCAAAAGUGCAACGUCCCCCAGGUGAGCAGCCAGGUUGUACGGAGGGUAUUUGAGACAGCAGCUAACCGCCUGGAUGACCCUCAGAAGAAAGCAGUUUCUGACUACCUGGGCCAUUCUGGCACAACAGCUGACAGACAUUACAGGAUGAAAUCUCUUGAAUCCAUUGUGAUAGCUGCUGGUCUGCUGAAGAAAUUACAGAGGCAGAAGAAGUCAAGUGCUGGGCCUUCCGGAGAAGGGACCCGUCAAGAGGCUCUUGGAGAAGGGACCAGCCCUCAGUCAGUGGAGUCUUCCAGCCAUGGUGACCAUUGUGCUCUCCCUCAGCCUUCCUUGAGACAGCUAGUGAUCGAUUUAGAGAGGAUUCCUGAGGGAAAUGACAAAGUCAAAUUCCACGAGGCAUUCAAGUCCCUCUUGGAAAACCACCCUGUGACACUGAGUGGUCAAAUCCCAAAAGUGAGAAUCCGCAGGGACACCUCGGAGGCCAAUCAGCGGAAGCUUUACACACACUGGGCGCAAAAGCAAUUAGAAAUGCGUGUAAAACACACCCGUGAACAAUUCAAUCGGAGGAGGCCAACGAAAGAGCGUGUCGACACAUGGGUCAAAAAGCAGGGAUGGAAGUGCAAGGCUGCCAACAUCAGCACUGAGGUUGUGGAGAACUGGGCACCAUCUGGAUCUGAGGACCGCAUCAUGGACAACAAACGGAUCCAGACAUUGGUGAAAACACAAGACUGGAAAGGACUGCACAUCACACAGUUUGAAGAGAAGGGCGAUGGGAUCAUUACGACCCGCACUUUUAAGAAAGGCCAGGUUGUAUGUGAUUAUCAUGGGCCUGUUGUUAGUGGAAAGGAGGGCGAGAACAUGCACAAAAACACAACUGGAAAGGAGACUGGAUAUAUCUUCUUUUUCCGGAACAGUAAAGGACAGCCAAUGUGCAUUGAUGCCCACUCAGACAGGUGUCAUUGCCACCCUGACAAGAGAACAUUUGGCAGGCUGGUGAAUCAUUCCAAAAAGAACUCGAACAUCAAGCCCCUGCACUGUGUGGUGGACAAGCAUGGAGAAAUGAAGGAUGUGAUCCUUUUCAUUGCAACCAAGGACUUGCCAGUGGGUGAGGAAGUUCUGUUUGACUAUUGAGUCAACAAAAAAUCUUUUAACAAUGAGGGGUCGGACCUUGACUGGCUCUAGCAGGGCAUCAGCCUUCAGAGACACAUAUGACAUGUCCCUGGUUGGUGAAAUGUUUCAUCUGUGUGUUUGUUUGUGCUGAUGGCUCUUUAAAGGAUAUGGAUGAGGACUCCAAAAUCGUACCAUGACCCGUUUGGUGAGAUGUUUCAUAUGUUUUUUAGUGGAUCAAUUCUUGGCAUGUAUGGAUAAACUUUCUGAAUAUGAUGCGUGGCCUUUGACCUUUGGGGGGGUGGUGGGGCGGCGGGUGACUCCUAAAGCUUAGAGGGCAUCAGCCUUCAGAGACACAUAUGACAUGUCCCUGUUUGGUGAAAUGUUUCAUCUGUGUGUUUGUUUGUGCUGAUGGCUCUUUAAAGGAUAGGGAUGAGGACUCCAAAAGCGUGAAAUGACCCAUUUUGGUGAAAUGUUUCAUAUGUGUUUUUUAGUGCUGAUUUUUGUUUAUGUUGUGUAGCUGUUUUGCAACUUGUUCUAGCUUGUGUAACUUAAAUUGAGGUUCUGUGGUGAUAUCCUGUUUCUUAUCUUUAGAGAUAUAUCAAUUAAAAAUCGUAUUAAUUCUAGAGGACUGCUGAGGUUUCUCUCAUUUUGGUAAACUUCAACACACUUGCAGACUUUCUCCAAGAUUGCCUUUUUUCCAAAGACAGAGAUACACUUUCAAGAUAUUUUAUUAACAUUUGCACUUCACAUUUUGAUUAAUCAUUUCAAUCACACAUUCCCCAAGGUCUGGAAAAGAUAAUAAUUGUGUCUACAUAAAUGGAUGCAUUUCAUUCACACAGAGAGCAACUGUCGAACUGCAAUGCAUUUUUGCAUAAUUUCUUCGAGUGAAACCAGCCCUAACCCUUCCCCAAAGAUGAGAAACCAAUUUGAAUGGUCCAUUGACAAUUUCUAAAGCAGCUCAUGAAUAAAGGUGGGGCUUCACUGCACAGGGAGUGUGAGUGACCUAAGGCCAAGUCAAUUUGUAAUACAAUGGGUGGAUAACAUAUUGGACAU